AUGGAUCCGGUGAAAAAAUACACCCCAGAGUUGAUCGAAAAAUUCCGAGCCGGCGAAUAUGUGCCUUGCUCAAUAGCUUUUGACAACUCCUGCGAAUAUGAUUUCAUCAAAAGGGUCCUGAUCAUGUACAAACUUACCUUCAUUUUUUAUGCACCAGCGCAUAUCCUUCCUGUUUUGAUUUUCAAGCUUAGACAGCUAAAACGAGACCCAAUUCCUAUGCUUAAGCACCUGGCAAUUAAUAUCCUCAAGUCAACCACAUUUGGGGCUUUAAUUGGAGGACUUACUGUCUAUUUAAGAUGUUUGACAAAUAGACUUUUCAAAGGAACGACAAGACUGAACUGGCUUCUUAUAACACCUCUUGCCAGUCUUUCGAUACUUAUUGAGAAUCCUGGGAGAAAGACCGAACUGACCCUUUAUUUAUUACCAAGAGCUAUUGAAACUAUUUGAAAUAUGCUGAGAAGCAGAAAAUGGGUAUUCAGGAUCCCAUAUUUUGAAGUAUUUUUAAUGGGAUUAGCAAUGGGAACACUUACAUAUUUCCUUAAUAAUGAGCCUGAAUACAUCAAACCAACAUAUCGAUCGACGCUAACUCACUUAUUCGGAAAAUCGUAA